AUGGGUUUGAGGGUCUGCAUAUUCAAAGUGGGGGUCACCAGCAACCCCCCUUUACGUUUUUGUGAAUACAAGAAGAAGCACUACUCACACAUGUAUGUCAUUUGUGAAUCACCAAGUGUGGACAAAGUUCACAUGUUAGAAGCAGCCCUGAUCAGCGAGUUUCACAAACACAUCGGCUGUAGGAACAAGCCGGACAGUGGGGGGGAAGGAGCGCUUAACAGGACCAAUCCUGUCAAGCCUCCUUAUUUUGUGUAUGUUGUAGCAGGUCGCGCAGACCAAUGUCGACGUGCCCCAGCUUCACACAUCGUGGAGCUCGCCAAAGCUGAAGUGGCUGACAAUGCCAACCCCAGUCGGGCAAUGGUUGACUUUGCCAAGAUUCCCCUAGAGCAUGCUGAAGAGGGCUGCCAUGAAGUGUUCUUGAAAUAUGGCUUUGCAGCUCCAAUCGAGAUUGAAAAGUUAAAUCUUGGUUUGGGGAGCCUUUCCCAAUUUCCUUUCUUGAAAUUCAGCAGCUGGGCGCAGUUUCUGCUAGAUCGGGGACAAGUGCCCAUGCAAAUGUGUGGGUGCAAGAAUCUUAGAGCCAUGAGAGAUGUCCUUGGUGAGUUCUGGGAGAGAUACAAAGCUUUGCAUCCAAACCACCAACUCUUCCAGAUUGUGCAGGGUGAUGAUGAGCGUCUGCGAAGGACGAUCCCUGUCUAUUCACACACUGAUGAGGGCAGGACAUACAAGCAUGAAGCACUAUUUGUGCUCAGCACCCAUUCAUGUUUGGGAAGGGGCACGUCCAGCUAUGUGCUCAAGGGGAAGCACGCCUUGCCUUUGAGACGAAGAGGGCUGGGUUUGAACUUCAUAGGUUCGACUUGGAGCACUCACUUCCUUUCUGCAGUCCUCUUACAUGAGGUGGAGAAGGAGAAUCCAGGUGUCCUGGCAGGUAUAGUGGCUGCCUAUGCACAAGACAUGUCAUCCCUAGCCACACAUGGCCUGUCGUUGGAUUCAGAUGGUGAUGCAAAUGAGCGAAUCUAUUUCCAGCAUGUGGGCACAAAGGGCGACUUGCCUGCUCUUGCGAAGCUUGGCUCUUUCAAAAGAACCCACUCCCAUGUAGCGCGACAGCCACAGAGCAGGACACCAUGCCAAGGAAUAUGCUAUUUGUGCCUGGCAGGUCAAGAGCAGUCAGCAGAUGGACGCCAACCAUCCAUCCCAUGGGAAGACACAGCGUUGAACCCUGCAUGGGCUGCGACAGUCGAUCAGGUGUUGCCAUGGGAUGGACGUGCAGAGCCUGUGAUCCUUCGAGGCCUGCCCAUUGAUCCAACCAGGAAGGCUAGGUUCUUCUUGACUGACAUCUGGCACAACUUCCACCUUGGAUUGUCGAAGCACUUCUGGGCAUCAAGUGUGGUUUCCUUGAUUGAGCGGCUUCCCUUGCUGCAGGCCAUGACCAUUGAGGCAGCGAUCAAGCAUCUGAGCGAUGACUACUCUCGCUUCUGGAAGCAAAGGAAGAUGAAUCCACUUGAGAAAGAGAUCAACAGGGAGGUGUUGUCCUGGCCAUAUGGCCGUGUAUGCCCAGUUGGCAAGUGGAGCAAAGGCAGUACGGCCACAGCCUUUAUGCAGUGGCUUGAGGACUUCUGCACCAGAUGUGUGGUGCAUCAGGCUCAUGAUGAGCUUCUUCUCAUUGUUGAGCCAUGUCAUUAA